AUGCGAUGCACAGCGCGGGAUAUGCGUCGCACCAGCGCCCUCGGCACGCUCGCCUCGAACGCGCAGCGUGUACGUUGGCAACGGUAUUGGUGCAGCUGUGGUUGCUUUGCUCUCCGGGUACGUACUCUUUGUGAUACUGGGUACGCCAUCUGGCCAUAUUCAGACAACUGUACGUCCCGUUGGUCUAUGCCGCGCUACGUGCGGCUCGUCCCCGUUAUCCUUAGUGUGGUAUGGGUCGGUAUUGCCGUGUACUGGACGUUCUUCGGUGGAGCCUUGCUCGAGAACUAUCCCGGUUAUCGGCCCUAUUCUUGCAAGUUGCUUUCCACACCGAAGGUAGAACCAUGCUGUUCGCCGUCACCAACGGUAAAUCCUUCACCGGCCUGCUCGCCGGUGGGUUAUCGCAUAGAGGUGCAGAGCGUGGAGCUCUUUCGCAACUCGUCCGGGCAGAGCGCGAUGAACAAAUUGUACCGAGGCUGUGACGACGUGAGCUGUGACUGUUUGUAUGCAUCAGAGCAGCAAGCGCAACAGGCGCUCAACUCGUUGGACUUUACCGUCAACGAGACAGUCAAGUGCUGGUACAACGGGAGCGGAAGUAUUGUUGUUCUCGUGAACCAGGGUUUUAGCUAUAACAUUGCGCUCGUUGGCCUGGUGCUGCUCGCGCUGGGGGCUUUGCUGCUCUGCUGGUCCGUGCUGCAUGUCCUGGGUCUCGACUGUAAGUUAUUGGAAAUCAUGCUGCGUUGUCUGUGUUGUGGACAUUUCGACGAAUGGGAGCUGCGGCGACGCCGACGACUCUGGCAACACACCCAGGCCUACGGGGCGAAUCGUGGCGGCCUCGCCGGCCUCAUGCUCCGGGCGCGUACCGGAGGUCUGCUUCCGGAUGAGAUUCGUGAAAUUCUGCGCAAGAUAGAAAUCAGUCAUCAGGAACUGGAGGACUUGAAGAAGCGUGCCGAGUCUGGGGUUGACGAGCGAAACACUUCAUCAGUGGACGCGCCGCUGGAACCGAACGGGUCGCCCGCGCUCACUCCCGUUCAUGAUGCCGCUUGUCGUCAGCCGAGUGCCGCAGAGGGCUACGCAGGAGCCGUUGCGUCGGAUCCAUCGCCGACAGUAAGAGCGUCGCAUCCGCUGGUCGUUGGUGACCUCAUCGACUGUGGCAUUUGUCUCGAUGAGCUGACCGCACCUCUGGCAGCCGAGGAUCACGACUGGGAAGAUGACGUGGUGCGGGAGUCGCAGUUGCGACGCAGGAUCGCACAGGCAGCCCCGAGCGCUCCGGUGCGAUCAGCGGCGCCGCAGACGCAUUCGGCUGAAGAUCCCAGCGUGGAUCCUGGCCCAAGAGAAGGAGCUCCAGCGGCUUCACCUGCGCAGCAAGCUGGGAUACAGUCGUCUCGACAUGCUCGAGCGGGGCCGACGCCUGCGACGCAGCGUUGGCGCCAUCUCUUUCGGCCCAUUUCAACGAAUGAGCAGCGUUCGCAAACAGACGCAUCACCAUCAACACCAACAACAACAGCGAGAGGUGCGGCAUGCACCACCAUAUCCGGCGUUGAUAUUGAGGCAGGACACGGGCCCUCACGAACAGGUGAGACGUCCUCCGUAGAGGCGGUAGCAGCAUCCACGAUGAACGAGGGUGCCGGGAGCUCGUCAACAACAGCGGCGCCCGGCUCGAUAGCGGUACGCACCGUGUCCGGCAGUCGACGCAUCGUGCUGCUCAAAUGUGGACAUAUCUUUCACUUUUCCUGCAUGAAGCACUUUCUCUGCGCAGGCGGUGUGACGUGCCCCAUCUGCAAUCGAAACUUACCUCGCGAUUACCUCACAGACUCUGGAACAGUCUCAGUGGGACACGCCUCGCAAGAGACAACACCCGGAGGCACCGCGUCGGAAGCUGGGCACGAAAGCACGCGGCGCGCAACAGCGUCGGCUGGGCGCCCUGCGGAUGCACACGCUGCAAGCGGGCGUCGCUGGCGAGGCUUCUGGGGGCGGCGUCGACCUGCCCAGCAACCGACGAUGCCGGCGUCGUCGAGUGCAUACGAUGGGCGCGUUCCAAACGAGUCCGAAACGGGGGUAUCGGACCCAGCGGUACCUCCGCGGGCGGUCAUCGGCUGGAGCACCGCGCCUCGUGCAAGCGAAACGACCCGCCGCGAAGCAGACUAUGGACUUGUCAUGGUACCGCAUGUGUCGCGCAACCCCGAAGACAUCAGGGACUCGCCUCGUGAUGCGUGUAUCCAAGCACCUCCCGUAUAA